AUGAGGGGAUUAUUGCUUUAAACGAGGUUUCUGUGCAUCAGCUGCUUUUUUUUUUUUUUUAUCCCAAUGCGAAUACCGCAAGACCCGAGCCAGUCAGUCGGCUCUGCUUUCCUACAAUGGAGUGCCUUUUUUUAUUAACGGUACAAUGCAUUUCACCUACCAGAUAUAGGGGGAGUCCAAGCUGAAAGAUGAAGAAGAAGGGAAUAUGCUGAUGAUGCCCGGCGAUACCGUGCAUCAAUGCAAACCUUGUUUUUUAUAGCAGCGCAGCAGCAGCAUGAGAGAGAGAGGAGUCAUAAUAAAGCUCCUAUAUUUUGGUACAUUUUUCAAACUCAGGAUGGAGCAGCUGUAGUGGAACAGGAAUCGAGGAGUCUUUAACAGGUCCGAAGCGCACUUUCCUUUCCCAAUCCAACACCCCCCCCCCAUGUCAUCAUCCGACUCCGACGAGAAUAUGUGAUCCGGUCAAAUCAUAUGGACAUGCCUCAUUAUUCAAUGAUCUCUCACAACGCGUCGUUUACGCGCAGGAGUUAAACCGGCGCUUCGCCAACAUUUAAAAGGCUCUUGUCGUCCCACCUUCUGUGGAGCUGUCGGCGCUCUUCCUGACAUCCGGCAUUCAUUGGAGCGGCGGCAGUCACACAGGGCUCCCUGAUCAGUGGCGACCAGAAGCGGAGCUGAAGCUGAGGCUGGCUUAACGGGGCUAAGCACACCGUCACGCUGUCCAAGAAACCACCCCCACCCACCCACCGUCUGAGGUGGCCAUUCCAGUAAGCAGUAGUCAGUCAGGAGUGACAGCGAGAGGCCACUUGAUCCUAACAGACAGGUUGCACUCCAGUAUGCAGUUGGUGUGUUAAGGAUGGAGGACUCUAGUUUGUGUCUUGGUGUGUCGUCGGCGGUGCCUGACGCUGAUGCCCAUCUGAGCAGUGCAGUGUUAAAUGGCCGCUACCCCAUCAGUCAGAAGCUUCAUCAGCUUACUGCCCAGCUAGGACACGCCUUUCCCGACCUACACCGCCCACAGCAGAUCCCUGACGAGAAAGCAGCCACGCCUUUGGACGAGAAGACCCACCACGCAGCCCUGGCCAGUCAGCCGAUCAGCAGUCAGAUGGCCCUGCUGGCCAAUCAGCUCAACCGAGACAUUGACGCAGGGGCACUGAGUGGGUUGAACGGGCGUGUUGAUCUGCAGCAAUUUCUCAACGGCCAGAACUUGGGCAUCAUGUCCCAGAUGAACGAUAUCGAAGAUGACGCCCGCAAGAACAGGAAGUAUCCCUGUCCAUUGUGUGGCAAGCGCUUCCGUUUUAACAGCAUCCUGUCGCUGCAUAUGCGCACACACACAGGAGAGAAGCCCUUCAAGUGCCCCUACUGUGACCACCGAGCGGCUCAAAAGGGCAACCUGAAGAUCCACCUCCGCACCCACAAGCUGGGGAAUCUUGGUAAAGGCCGCGGCCGUGUCAGAGAGGAGAACAGGCUGCUGCAUGAGCUGGAGGAGCGGGCCAUCCUUAGGGACAAGCAGAUGAGAGGGAGCGUCAGUCUGCUCCAGCCGGCUCCAACACCCCAUCUGAGCCUCAACAGCAGCUCUAACACCCAUCAGCAGCAACUAGGCUCAGCCUGUGGCCUCCUCCCGCCCUCUGGCCUUGCCACUCCAGACACAAUUUCCCAACCUUCUUCUUCACCCAAGCCGGCCGGCACCCAGGACGAACAGUCCUUGAACCCAACUUCAGGCUUCCGCUGUACCUUCUGUAAAGGGAAGUUCAAGAAGCGCGAGGAGCUGGACCGCCACAUCCGCAUACUCCACAAGCCCUACAAAUGUACUCUGUGUGAGUUUGCUGCCUCCCAUGAAGAGGAUCUGAUAAGUCACGUGGAGAAGGCCCACAUCACGGCCGAGAACACCACGGGCGGGGGUGCCAGCGGACCUGGGGGCACGCAGGUGGCCACCGAAUUCCGCUGUGAGGUGUGUGGCCAGGUGUUCAGCCAAGCUUGGUUCCUUAAGGGCCACAUGCGCAAGCACAAGGACUCCUUUGAACACUGCUGCCAAAUCUGUGGCCGUCGCUUCAAGGAACCCUGGUUCCUCAAGAACCAUAUGAAGGUGCAUCUCAACAAGCUGGCCAUCAAGAACAAGCCGCCCCAGCCCAGUGAGCAGGACAUGGCUGCCGUCAAUAGCAUGAGCAAUCUGGCUCAGGAAGCUCACGCCAACCUUUAUUCCCGCUACAUCUCCUGUCUUCAAGGAGGCUUCCUUUCACCUGACAAGCAGGGCCUGAGUGAGCAGCACCAAAUGUUGGCUAAAGCGGGGAUUGCCAUGAAGGAGAAGGAGAUGCUAGGGAAGCUGCUAGGGCCAAUGGCAGGAGGUAUGGGCCAUGGGCUGGGCGAAAAUGAGAAACGCUCACUCCUGGGUUGUCUCAACCUCGUGCCGCCACUCAAGUCGAGCUGCAUGGAGCGCCUCCAGGCAGCUGCGAAAGUGGCGGAGAUGGACUCCCUCAACAGCUACCAAGCCUGGCAGAUAAUGGCUCGUGGCAUGGCUAUGGACAGGGCUUUCAUGCCGAAGGAGCAGCAGCAACACCAGCACCAGCACCACAUACCCCCAGGGCAAGAAGAUGAGAUGGGUGGUGCUGGAGCCUUGGCUUCCUUCUCAAAGGAUAAGCAAGACUACUCCUUGAUUGCUUCUAAUGAUAGCUCCAAGCAGAAGCAGCUCUCGGAGGCCUUGCAGGGAUCCAAGGUCGCUAGCGGCGCUAUGAUGUCCAUGAAGGAGGACGGAAGAGGCUUUGACAGUCACCGUGACUUAAUGUCUGUCCACGGCGGCGCCGAGGCUCCUGGAGCCAUGGCCGGCUUGGGAAGCCCAAACAUCGACUACAGCCUCUCCAGCCUCUCUGUCCUGAAGGAGAAGCCUUCAGAAUGCCCCGACUGUGGCCGGGUCUUCAGAACCUACCAUCAAAUGGUCGUCCACUCCCGCGUUCACGGCAAAGACAGGAGAAACAUCGAGGAAGCGAUCCAGCAACAAGGUCUGGACGAACGCCGCGGAUCGGCCAGCGACCCCGAGUCCCAGUCCAUCAGCCGCUCCACCACUCCUGGUUCAUCCAAUGUGACAGAAGAGAGCGGCGCCGGAGGAGGACACUCCCAGACAGGAAGCGUCCAGGAUGACAGCCCACAUCCCUCCUCACCAUCUUCAGAUGUUGGGGAGGACUUGGGGAAGGCGGCGGGGAGCAUCCAGCCGUCUCUGUCCCAGCAUCGCGAGCGGAGCGUGGCCUCGUCCUCCAAGGAUUGCCCCUACUGCGGCAAGACCUUCCGCACCUCCCAUCAUCUCAAAGUCCACCUGCGGAUACACACAGGAGAGAAACCCUACCGGUGCCCUCAUUGCGACUAUGCCGGCACCCAGUCUGCCAGUCUGAAGUACCACCUGGAGCGCCACCACCGCGAGCGCCAAAACGGCUCCACCACCUCAGGCCCAUCCUCUUGCCACGCCCCUUCUUCUGACCAUAAAGAGGAUCAUGGGAAGACGACCGGCGGCGGCAGCGGGGGCGGCAUCUUUGCCCGGCCGGAUGUCCUCCGUAAUGUUUUCAAGAGCAUGCCUCCCAACAUGGACUUCAGGGCGGGCCCGUUGCUGCCGCAUCAGUGGGCGUCGGCCAGCAUGAUGUCUCCGCAUGACCGAGAUCGUGAGCGCGGAGACCGCCGUUUUGACUCCGCCUCUUCGGCCGAGAACAUGAAGGCUGCCGAUGGCCCAUCCGCCCUGGUUUCGACGGCGCCGGAUAGCUUCUCCGACCUGAGCAGGGCUUACCAAAGCAUGAUGGGGAACGGAGUCCACUUCCAAGGUUCUCUCCAGGCCUUCAUGGACAGCUUUGUCCUCAGCUCCAUGAAGAAGGACAUGAAGGACAACCAGAAUCCAGUCCAGCUCCCGGCCCAGUGCUACCAUGACAACGGCGAGCCCAAAGCAAAGCGGGCCGUCUCGGCUGACCAGGAAAGAGAAGAUAAGGUCGAAGCCAAACAGAACUCCGAGCCUGGCAAACCCGGGUCUCAGUAUGAACCACUCGAUCUGUCUGUGUCAGUCCGGCCUGAGUCAGCGUCCGGGUCUCUCCCCGGCUCUUCAGUCACCAUCCAUGAUAACGUGGCGUGGCAUGGCUGCCUCUUCUGCUCCUUUUCCACCUCCUCAGUGGAGAUCAUGGCUCUGCACCUCCAGGCCAACCACAUGGGAAAGGCCCAACAGCAGCGGUCCGAUGCAGGCAAGGAGCUUCACGGAGGGAAUUCCCCCACCACCUCCAACAUUCACUCCUCCAACACCAAGACCUCCGGUUUGGCCCUCGACAAAGAUGGAGACAGAAAUGGGGAGAAAAUCCAGGGAGGCUGGAACAACCACAUGGACCAGCCCUACAACCCCUUCCAGAGUGACUUCUACAGGCGGUUUGGUGGCUUGUACGACGGAUCCCCGAGGGCCAACCAGAGCCUCCAAGCAUAUUUAGCCCCAGCAGAGCAUGGUCUGGACCUACCCACCCAGGCCUUUGGAGGGGCACCUUCAGCCGGGGAUGACCAGAUCGGAGAGAGGGGUUCCCGUGGAGACAUCGAAGAGGACCGGGUUGGAUCAGACGACGAGGUUGCAAAGGUUGGGGGGCUCAGUGCCAGUGAGACCCCCUCGACCACACCCAAGAGACAGCAGCACCAGAAUCACUCCGAUGAAGAGGAAGAGGAGGGAGGAGUGGCUGAAGAGGAGGAGGAAAGAGAUGAGGAUGGGCAAAUGGACAUGGAGAGAGAGGAAAGAGGAAGUCCAGCUUCAGACCACCACUCCAAGCAACUCCAAGACAACUCUUCUCUGCCCACAAGGGGCGGAGGUGGUUUGGCGGCAUCUUCUUCCGCCAUGACACCCCUUUCUCUGGUUCCCCAACCCAAGAACCAAGCUCUGCCGCUGGAGAAGCAGUGGCAGCAGGGCCUGGCCCUCCUGUCUCCCGGAGGCCCCCCCGGACUGUUGAAGGCCGAGCAGCACUCCCACCUAGAGCAGCAGAUGAACAUGCUGUCCGUCCUCAGAGCCUACAGCAAUGACAACCUCCCCGCGUUCAACGGCCUGGGAGGCGGAGCACCCACGGGGGGCAUGAAGAGGCCAGAUGCACCCGGCCAGAGACCAUUCCAGUGCAGUUACUGCCCCUACAGCGCCUCCCAGAAAGGCAACCUGAAGACUCACGUGCUGUGCGUUCACCGCAUGCCCUUCGACAACAGCCAGUAUCCCGACCGACGCUUCAAGCGCUCGCGUCCCGAGUCCGACGUCCUGGAGAUGAACCCCGAUGACGGCGUUGGCGGUGUUGCAUCUCAUCAACCGAUGACUGGAGCGGAUGGAAGCCAUGGGAGUGACAUUGUGUCAUUUGGAGGGGAGGCCGCGUCUCGUCACCGGGAGUGAAGCCGCCAUGAGCUGGAGGGAGGUAUGUGUUGGACAAUGCAUUAUCUGAAAUGCCCUAGAUUAUCAGACAAACUUAAUGUUAGUCACUAUAAGACUCAUUUCCAACAGACUCUGACCAAACAACAUCAAGACAAUGAGAUCAACAAAUAUAGACAACAUUGUCUACGUUCUAAACACAAAGUAAACAUAUUGUGUUAUUGGAAGUAUGUUACUAAGAACACAUUAUAAUCGAUGUAUUUUGUGAUGAAGUGAUUCACAUCUUUUGUCUUUUAACCAAACACAGUGGUGUACGAAUUGAAAGUUAAAAAUGAUUAAUGAAAUGGUGCUUUCAAGACAAAUCAUAAAGGAAGGAGGCUAUGGAGCGAGAGGGAAGCCAGAUGAAAAUCAUUAGAGAGACUUUUUUCUCCAAAAAUAAUGCUUUUAUCAGAAAAAUGAUCCGUGUAAACGAUUGAGCGGAACAGUUACUGUAGGGGAAGAUGGAGGAGGCGGUGGAGGAAGAGGAGGGCUUUCAAAUGCACACCACCACCACCACAGCCACCCCAGAACAUAACACCAGUGGCUGCCAUUUUCCCAGUGUGAGUGAUGAGCACUGGAUGUGUGUGUGUGUGUUGUAGGGUCAGUGGUGGCCAUGGUGUGUCGGGGAUAGAGGGGGAUGGGAGGGUGAGAGGGGGGGGGGUGCAUUGGUGCCAGCCUGACUGGAGCUGUCAUCGCAGAGGAAAUCAAUUCAACAACACACACGCACACACAAACACACACUCGGAGUCCUACAGUGGUAAUCCGACUCUGGACCGUAUACGCCAGGGGGUCAAGUUGAGUCCCAUCAGCUGGCCGGAGCCCCUCAAGUCACCUCCUUUCCCUCCUCCAUCCUUCCCCUCCGCUCUCACUCUCUCUAUUACAAGCUCAAUCCGUUAGAACGAGCUGGAAAAUACAACACAAAUCAAUCAGCGGUGUAUUUAAAGCAUCCAUUAGCCGACGCUAAGGCUUGUUCUGCUCUGGUUUUGGCAAUUCAAUGUCCGGAGGUCACCUUACUGGCUCCCCCGUCAGAGAGGGACGGGGAGUUUUAGCUGAUUGUGUUUUAGCUCGGGCUGCUUCAUCACGACAGAUGACAGUUUGGUACUUUGGCGAGCACCUGGACCAAGCUGUGGGGGAUUUUUCUGCCUCAGAAGUAAGGAUGAGAUGCAACCAGCUGCGUUCUGUACAUAUGAAAAGGUGUGUGACAUCCCGCUAAAAGUUCUUCAGUUUGACAGAGACACUCAUACAAAAAGCAGGAUUAAUCUCCUCAACUGAUAUGCUCUUUUAAAGUUGCUUCACAGGGAGGGACAUGAUGGAAAAUUAGAUAAUCAUUCACCUGCUUUAUGUCUCUAAUCAAACUACCUUUUCUAUAAAGAAAGUUGUUUUUUAUUUUCAAAGGAGGCAUUCUCUUUUUGUGGAUAAGUAGUGUUAUAUUCUUUAUCCAUAUGUGAUUAAUUCCUAAGGUGGAAAAAAAGCAACAUGAGACAUUGAAAACAGAAUGUUUUGAUCUCGUAAAAUCAAGCUACAUUGCUUUAAGGGCAAAAAAACAACUUUGAUUGUACUUAGUUGUGCCGGCAGCUGUUGGUUACUACUGGGCGAGGAGAAUAAGAAAGUGCGGCGCUUUGUGUUGUGUCGGUAUUGGUGGUAGGGGGUUGGGUGCUGGGGGUUGUUAAUGUUUUUCUGAUAAAGAGAAAUGAUCCGGACUUUAGGAAAGUCAAUAUCUUCCCGCACAAACACACAGGCGGUGGUGGGGAGGGCUAAACUCUUAAAACCCCAGGGCCACGGCUCUGCCGAAAGGAGUUUACAGUCCGACACAAUGCACUCACACACACACACACAUACACACACAUAUACAACAACACAGUGAGAAAUACAAUCCUACAGCACGCAUGGGGAGAUGGAGGGGUAAGCAGAGAGAAAGAAGGAUAGCGGAAGUGUAGAGGGAAAGAAGGGCAGAGAGAAAAAGAAGAGAGAGUAAUAGAGUAAGUUGAAUAUUCUGCUGUAAUUGUGGUUUUAAUUGUGUCACAUGAUUUUAGUUUUUUUUGGCCACACUACUAAAACAAUAUCGAUUUUAUUUGCAAUUUGUUUUGGUAGCCAACGAGACAGUAUAGUUCUCACUGCCUUAUAACUUAUAAGUGUGUAGGGUCUGUCGAUUUCAACACACUAUUGUGUUUUUGCUGGCUGUAGCUUGCUUCUUCUGGAUGUGUGUAUACAUUGUGUGCGCGUUCCAAACAUUUCUGAAUAUUAGCAAAAAGUCAAUAAGGAAAAAAAAAGUUUUUAAAAAAAUGCACAUUCCUUUUUUUGGCACCCUGGCGUUUCCAACUUACUAAAUAAAGCAUGUGGAUCAGUACGGUUUCAUCAUCUUGUUCAGAUGAGGCAAUCUUUUUUUCUUCUUUUUUUUUUGUUUCGACACUGGAGAGCGCCAUUUGUUGUGAUUCCUCUGUGACUUGUACUCUUUGUCCAUCCCUGAGAAUGAUGUGCCAUUUUUUCCCCCCUGCUGUAAUCCCAAAAUAAUCCAUUCCAUUGUCCCCAUGCUGUUUGAUCUCCGUCAAGCUUCCUAUUGAAGUAGCACACGCAGUUUGCUCAAUUAUAAUCACUGGUGCAAGAAGAAAAAAAAAUAAAUAAAAAAUAAAUAAAAGAAAAAUGAAACCAUGCCCAUUUAUUUCAGACUGCAAUGGAUUCUGUAGCGUGCAACCCUAGUCCAAAUACUGUCCACAUUCCUGAAUGAACAAGAUUUCUAUAGGAGAAGUGAGGAGAUGGGCUUUGUUGCAAACUGUUAUCUUAUAUUAACAGUAGAUAACUUUAUAUUUAAAAGAGAAAUAUCCUUGGUCAUUAUUUAUUACUGAACAUCUGUUUGACAGAAGACAUUAAAAGUGUGUAUCAAACAUGGACUCUUUCUGCGGUCUAGACGUUCUGAUGUACUUUGAAGCAGUAAGAUUUAUCUGGUGUUUUUUUUCCUCCAAUAAAAUCCUCUACCUCUGGGAAA